GCUUCCCACUUUGUUUCUCAUGCACAGCUGCACGGUUGACGGCAUGACGUCCGGCCCUUCCUUUCUUGGGUCCAGUCGCUGGAAACAUGCAGCAGUCCGUGUGUAUGGUCGCUAUCUGCACAGUGCUCAUCUGUCCCUCCAGCGGCUGGCCUCGAAGCCUGAAGCCGAAUGUUUUAGCGCUCUGUCUCUCUUUGAGGUGCCCCGGACCAGCACGCCGGAGCACUGCACUUGCACAGUGGCUUCCCGCUAUCCAACCUGCCAUCUGUGACCAGCUGCUGGACUGGCCUGUGCGCCUCCCAUUUUGCGGUGUUCAGGCUCGGUUGCCACUUGUCGGUUCGAAGCUGCUUGGCAACCACCGACCACCCGACCACUGCAGUGUAUGGUUGCUCUCACUGGUGUGUCUCCAAAAUUUUAUACGAACCAUCAAUCGCCUUCACCACCAAAUUCAGUAUCACCACUUUGCGGCCGCCCGAAUUCUUGACGAACCGCCGAUUCAUCUUGGCCGCCAAAUCUACACAACAACGGUCGACACCCCGAUUUUUGCAACCGAGUUUUUCUACUUCAAUCCAUCAUUGAGAUCUCGGCAAGAUGGGUGUCGCUAAACGGACAAGAAAAUUCGCUACGGCACGUGACUUCUAUAAUCCCCCUUCUCAUCUCACAUCUCAUGCUCACCACCCACCAUGACCUCAGUCCCCUUGGGGUAAUGGUCAAUGUGUGUGUGUUGAUGAUUAGCAUGGCGAUAUAUCAGACAUAU